AUGAAGCUAAGCAAAGCCUUGAACACUUUUGCUUCCAUGUCUUUGAUCUGUAUGAUGGCGGACCUAGUGGUACCCUCCUUCAUGGGACCAAAGAGUUGUGCCAUGAACACCGUAGAUCGGGCUGCAAGCACACACCUGUGUGCGACGAACGUCUCACCGCUGACCUCAAAUGUCACAUCGGCACCCACCUUAUUUUGA